AUGGCGUCAACGUUGAAGACUGACGCAGCUACAAGUAGACGAGAGCUUGGUGAUAAGGAUGUUUCUGUUACUGGUGGUUUGCAAAAUGCGAGAGAUUUCUUCCAAAUCUUGGCCAGCAAGAAAGUCUGUGGUAGAUAUCCUCAACUGAUCUACUUCAACUAUUUUGCCUACCACGAUACUCUCUUCUCUGUACUUGAAGCAUUUCCUGCUCUAGCAUCGCAAACCUUCGAAAGCGGGGAGGAAGAAGAGAUGGGCCUGGCGACAUCGAGAUAUCCGCUUUUUAUCAUGGCGGAAGCACAAGCCCCAUUAAUCCAGAUAAAAGAAGUCCAUCAGAUGUACCCCAUUGCUCUGAAUCACGGCAAAGCGGACGUAUUUGGGCUUGUCCUGCCGGAAAUCCUAAGGGUAAUUCCAACACUAAGACUCGAUGCUCUGGAUUACCUGCUGCGUCAAUGCCCUGAGCUGAUGGAAGUCCAAUACAGCAGCCACAUGUCAGUCCUUCGUGAACUUGCUUUUCGUUUUGUAAAAAGAAGCGAUGAGCCUUCACCCGAUGACAAUGAAAUCACGUUGUUCAACAGACUCAUUCGAUACCUGGUCACUGCAGAAGCAGCAGACUGCGAUGCCGACCUCCUCAACCUCUUUGUUUCAUCCCCAGUCAAGGAUGAAAACAUGGAUUUGCUGGUCCAAACCAUUGCUCCUCAAACUACCAGCCUCACCAUCUCACAUCAGGUAGGAGGCCACACAGGCGCCAUAGCCACCCCCUUAACCCCUCACGGGGUGAAAUGGAUGUCCAAGUUGUUUCCGCAUGUAUCCGUGCUCAGCAUCAACCCGGUUGAAGGUUUCACCUGCCCCGAAGUGUACAUCGCGAUCCUUCGCUCAAUUGGUGACCUCAAAGGCAACAACCUAAGGACUCUGCAUCUUGACAUACCGUGCAAGCUUUUGAAUUGCUGCCGCUUGACUCAACAACUGCUAUUUCAUUUGGUUUCAACCUGUCGAGUUGAUGAACUACGUCUGCAUGCAAAUGCAACGUGUUGGUAUGACCUGCAGGGACCUCCAGACUCUGGCGGGGACAAGAUUAUGUGUGACAUUGUAGCUGAAGCCCUGGAACUUCGACAAGCCCCCAUUCCAACUCUUGUAUUGGGUUGUCUCCGAAUUGGCAAUCUUUCUGGUGGUCCGAUCCACUCAAUCAUGUCUUCCAGCCACGGAGCACAACAACUUUCACUCAUUCAUGGCUCCCCUUUUAGCGUGGGUUGGAUCGAGUCCUUGCCUGCAUCGAGCACUCCCUCCGCAACGGCUUGCUUGGAAAGGCUAUAUCUUGAGUUUGUAAGGAAGUCGCCUGAAAUGUUCCAUACCAUGUUCCAGCAGAUAUGUUGCAUCGGAGGACUGAAGCAGUUAGAGAUAGCUCCCAGAAUUGUCUUUUCUUCUUGCAGAGGAAGACCAGAAGACCUUUCCAUUGAUGUUACUGAAGAUGUUGUCAAUCUGUUGCUUCAUGCCAAGGUUCUGACAAGGCUCAAGCUGGGAAAGUCUAUUCAUGUAGUCAUGUCCAAGAUUUGCGCAGUGCUCCACGACAACCAGCAUAUGCAAUCGUUGGAGCUCUAUGCCAGUGAAAAUCCUGACCGGCCUCGCACAACCAAAAAACUUGCGCCGGUUGGUAAGAAAACUUGUGACCAAGAAUCCAGAGAAAAGAUUGGUCCGUUUGGGCCAUUGGCCGACUUGAUGGAAAACCACAACACAGCGCUGCUUGACUGUUCCUCAAUCCGGUCGCUCCAUAGAUUGAAUCCGGACCCUAUUCUCACCAAGAACAAAAUGAAGAUAGUCUACCGCACACAACUCAACAAGUUCGGUCUUGGUAAAGCACGGAACUCGGGCACAACAAAGGAAACAUUGGUAUCACUUCUGGGAGGCAUUGUGGGCUCAGAGACCGUCAGAACUUCCUUUGGCCGCCUCAUCAGUCCGCAGGAAGUUCGGCUUGGGGAUUCACGCGAUGAAAUGCUAGCAAACCGCAGGAUGUUGGGUGGUCGGCCCAAUUCACUGAAUAGCCUGUUGCGACAAAUGAAUGGUGCUUCGUCUCGGUUGGGUGGUUCACACCCCCACAUAUCCGCAACGCAUGUGGAGCUCCCAUCCGUUGCGUAUUCGUAUGCCUUUUUGCGGGAGACACCAUCGCUGUGGGCUCCAGGCUGA